UAUCUAUCUAUGCGGUGGUUGUAAUAAAACAGCAUUUUUUCCGCAAUGUUAUAAAUAUAAUACCGUAACUAGAGUUUGGAAAUCAAUCAAAUCGAUGAAAACCGGUCGGGAAUGGUUUGGUUUGGUUUUAUUAGAUAUGAAAUUGUAUUCAAUAAGUGGCUAUGGUGAUGACGGAAUUUUGGAUAGUUGUGAAACAUAUGAACCAAUAGCUAAUACAUGGAAACCGUGCGCUUCAAUGAAUAUAAUGCGAACGGCCGCUGAUGCAGCAGUUAUUAAUAAUACUAUCUAUGUUUGCGGUGGAUUUAGUGAUAAUCCUAGUAAUACAUGUGAAUAUUAUACGCCCAAUACUACACCCGAUAAAUGGUUAUCAAUACAACCAAUGCUUACGGAAAGGGUUGGUCUGGGACUGGUAGCCCAUGACGGCUAUCUGUACGCUAUCGGUGGCUAUAAUAUGAAUAACGGUUUAUUGAAAUCAAUGGAAAGAUAUGAUACGCUAACCAAACAAUGGAUACCAAUGAAAAAUAUGACAAAUAAUAGAUAUUUUUUAGGCUCGGAAUCAUUUAGGGGUAGACUAUAUGUUUGCGGCGGUAGUGGCGAUAGUAGUGCACAAAAUACAUGCGAAACAUAUGAUCCCAUAACUAAUCAAUGGACUGAAAUUGCAUCAAUGAUAAAUUAUAGAUCUAGUUUUAAGCUAGUUGCUUUUAAUGAUAGUCUAUACGCUAUGGGUGGAACUAAUGAUGAUGGUCUCAUAGAUAAUGUUGAAGUCUAUGAUUAUAAAACAAAUAAAUGGCAAUUAACUAAACCAAUGCCUGCAAAACUAUAUGGAUUUGGGGUAUAA